AUGACGGAGCUGCUAGUGAUUGUUGCUCGCUCUGUGCCAGUCAACAGCUCCGAGCUUAAUGAGACUCUGGUAAUAACAGCAGACACUACCACUAUGUCUAUUAAAACAAGGAUUGUCAUUGAAGGGACUGAGCAAGGUGUUCUCCCUGUUGCUGUUCUGAUAUCAUUUCAUGGCUAUGAAAUUGAAUCCAUUUUGUCUCAUGGAAAUACCAGUUAUAAGAUGAAUUCAAAAAUUAUUACUGCAACAAUUUCAAGCAAAAUCAAGAAUGAUCUCAAUCCGCCAGUUAUUUUCACAUUUCUUAAAAACGAGACUACAGAAAAUGAAGUGGAAACAUGUAUCUGUGUUUUCUGGAAAACUGAUGACAAAAACAAAAGCUAUUGGUCUACAGACGGAUGUGAGCUUUCUAAACAAGGCAAUAACAGAACGCAUGUAACAUGUGAAUGUAACCGUUUAAGUACUUUUGCGGUCCUGCUGGCACAUACUGAUAUAGAUGACAAGCCACUAACCAUAAUUUCAUUCAUUGGACUUACCUUCUCAGUCAUCUGCUUGAUUCUUUCCAUCAUGACAUUUCGACUGUGUCAUUCUAUUCAAAAUGCAAGUACAACGCUGCUCCUCAACCUUUGCAUCUGCCUGCUUAUAGCAGAUGGUAUUUUCCUUUUCGGCAUCUCCCAGACCAAAUAUAAGAUCCUCUGUAAAGUUAUCUCAGCUUUUCUACAUUAUUCCCUCUUGGCCUCCUUCUCUUGGAUGUGUCUUGGUGCAUUGCAGCUCCAUCUUAUGAUACAAAACCUUAAGGCAGUCAAAGCCUUCCGAACCCAUGUGAUUCGAAGGAGAUAUAUGUAUCCUGUUGGUUACGGGGCACCUGCUAUAAUUGUUGUGACUUCUGUAGCUGUUUUUCCUGAUGGAUAUGGAACAGACAAAAUAUGCUGGCUGAGUCUGGACAGAGGCUUUCGAUGGAGUUUCAUAGGGCCUGUAUGUUUUGUAAUCCUGGUGAACACGAUUCUAUUUACCAUAACAAUUCACAUAUUGAGAAAGAAAUUUUCAGCGCUCAACAAAGAUGUUUCAACCAUCAAGAAUACAAAGUAG